GCAUCACCCAAUUUCCGUCAGCUUCCGCUGGCUUCAGUUCACAUGCCUGUAUGUUGGCGCGAGUGUUAGUUCGCUUGGUUUCUUUCAAAGCCGAGUGCCGGGGGUUUAAUGAAUUAAAAUGACAAAGUCAAGGGGAUGUAGGAUCGAACUCGGUGAUGUCACGCCUCACAACAUCAACCAGUUGAAAAGACUAAACCAAGUAGUUUUCCCCGUCAGCUACAACGACAAGUUUUACAAGGAUGUUCUCGAAGCCGGAGAGCUCGCCAAAUUAGCCUACUACAAUGACAUCGUUGUCGGCGCUGUAUGCUGCCGGAUUGACACGUCGGAAAACACGAGGCGCCUUUACAUCAUGACCCUGGGAUGUCUUGCUCCUUACAGAAGAUUAGGCAUCGGCACAACGAUGGUGCAGCACGUCCUAAAUUAUGUAAAAAAAGAUGGGAACUUUGACAGUAUAUUCCUGCACGUCCAGGUGAACAAUGAGAGUGCCAUCGAGUUUUACAAGAAGUUUGGCUUCAAGAUUGUCGAGACCAAGGAGCACUACUACAAGAGGAUAGAGCCAGCGGACGCUCACGUUCUGCAAAAGACGCUCAGGCCGACAAAGACUUCACUGCAGAACGGCGUGGCCUCGGACAAGGAGAGGUCCUAUCUUGCGCACGUUAUUGGCUAGGGUGGUGGCAAGACCAGCAUGUUGUGCCGUGCUGGAACUGUUUUUUCUACCAAAUGUUGCAGCGUUGUCUGCCGACGAAGAAUGCGCGCGCAGUGGCCCCCCGGGUCACCGUGCAAACAGUGGGUCCUCUGUGUGCCAUUCUGACCUCUGUGAAUAAAUGUGGCCUAGGAAAUUUUUUUUAUGUGAA